GUUUAAAUACGUGCGUUUCGAAUAAAUAAUUUAAAAAAAAAUAAAAAUGAACGGUUUGAAUUUGAUUAUUAUUAUGAUCGUGGGUUGUUGUUGCUUCGUCGUGGCAUCAGGUUUACCGUCGACGUUGAACCAAUUCCCGGGUCAAAAAUUUCAAAUAAAAGUUUCUGUUGAAAAUGGCGGCGACGAUGUUAAUUAUUUAUUUGACGACGUGAAAGAAGAAAUUCAAACGAAUGGAGGAAGAUUCAGGAGAGCAACUUGUGAUCUAUUGAGUUUCGAUACAAAAUGGGGAUCCCUUAAUCAUUCUGCAUGUGCUGCUCAUUGUAUUGCAUUAAGAAAAGGUUACAAAGGUGGACGUUGCUACAAACAAGUUUGCCGCUGUCGAAAAUGAAUUAAAAAAAAAAAAACAAUUUAAUUUAAUUAUUAGUCGUUUGUUUCUGUCUUAUUUACCUUGUCUUGUUUUCU